AUGUAUAAUAGAUUCUUGCAAGGUUUUUAUAAGAGUUUAAGUUUGGUCCACAUUUGUGUUGUCAGUGAGUCGUGCCAUGUGUGUGUGAUUCCGAUAUUUGUGAAAAAUGGAUUUAACAAUGUUUAUGGAGACAAAGAAGACAUUGUUACGAAGCUGCUUGAGUUUUUGGAGAAACCUCAUGCGACAAGUGAUGUUCUUCUUAAUGAGAAAGACAAGGGUGUGAAGCGCAAAAGAACUCCUAAGAAAAGUUCACCUGCAGCUGGAAACUCAUCUUCCAAACGAUCAGCAAAGAGCCAAAAGAAGACCGAGGAAGCAACAAGGACUAAGAAAAAGAGUUUACCUUAUUCUGAUGAUGAGUCUGAAGAAGAGAAAGAGGAAGAAGAAGAAGAAGAGAAAGAGCAGGAGGUAGAGGAGGAAGAUGAAGAAGAGGAGAAUGAAAAUGGGAUUCCUGAUAAAUCUGAGGACGAGGCGCCUCAGCCUUCUGAAAGUGAGGACAAAGUUGAAUCUGAGGAGUCAGAGGAAGAAACUCAAAAGAAGAAACGUGGUUCUAGGACUCCAUCUAAAAAGAAAGAAUCAUCAGGGAAAUCGAGAAGCAAGAAAACUGCAGUCUCUGCGAAAUCCAGUCCACCAAAGAAAGCUACUCAGAAGCGCUCAGGAGGUAAAAGGAAAAAGAGUGAUGACGACAGUGAUACAAGUCCAAAGGCAUCCUCAAAGAGGAAGAAGACUGAGAAACCGGCGAAGGAGCAGUCCUCGGCGCCUUCAAAAUCUGCAUCAAAAGAGAAACCAGGCAAAAGAGGUGGAAAAGGGAAAGACAAAACCAAGGAGCCUAGUGAUGAAGAGUUGAAAAAUGCAAUUAUUGAUAUCUUGAAAGGGGUCGACUUCAACACAGCUACAUUCACUGACAUCCUCAAGCGACUUGAUAAAAAGUUCAAAAUCGAUCUCACCUCAAGAAAAUCAUCUAUUAAGCUGAUGAUCCAAGAUGAGCUCAAAAAGCUAGCAGAAGAGGCCGAUAAUGAGGAAGGAGAAGAAGAGGAUGCCGAGAAUGAGGAGGAAGAAGAAGAUAAAGUGAAAGAGAAAGCUGGAGGAUCUGGUGGUGCAGAGGAGGUUAAAGCCUGAUCACAAAGCACAUAAAUCUAGUCUAGCUGCUAUUUUAACCGCAUCUCUCUCUCCUCCAUUGCCUAUCUUCAGUCAUUAGGCAAAUAUAUCAGAGAAUGUAAUAUGUUGGUUGUUUUUUGGUCUUGAAUUGUGGUUUUUUUUUGUAUAACUUAUGGUAGAGUCAGAGAGAGAGGAAGACCAGAAGUUAGAUGUUAUCAGAUAAGCAGCUUUGUUUGUGUAUACAAUUAAAACAUAAGCACCUUUAGCAUUCAUGGCCCAUUUAAACACCCUUUUGAUUU